AUGUCUGACGGCUCCUUGGAGCGCUUGCGGGAUCAACUUAUCGGGUGGGCCCGUGACAUCGAGUGGCCCAGGGCCGACGACGAGGCGCGAGAUGGGAUUUGGCGGUCGACGGCGGCGACGGGCGAGGAGUGCUGUAAGAAGACCAGCCUGUUCAUGCAGAAUAGCUACUGGCCUUUUACCAAGGUCAUCCGGUAA